AUGGCAUUUUUUCAAUUAGUUCUCCAAGCGAGCAAGCUAGAGAAAGCUAGAUUGAGGUACGAAGAUGAGAAAUUGAGAUCGAUUGAGAUCUCCGAGGGUGUCAAGCCGCAUCUAACUUUGAAGCAGCGUUUCCGACGAAAGAGAUUAAAGUACAGAAAGAAGUUUAAGCAUUUCUGGAAUCGAAUAAUUUCCCCUUUAAAGCGUAUAUGGAUUUAUAAAAAAGUGAGACUUCUUCGCAUAGAUGGUUCGCUUGAAAAUUAUAUUUUGAAGAGUAUCUUUGGAUUUUUGUUCGGUAUAUUUCUUACAUAUAUGUUUUUCGUGUUCUUCGUGAUUCAACUAAGUUUUACUCUCUCGUCCGCAACGAUAUUGUGCUCGAUUCUUGGAAUGAUUCUCACACUCGGUUUGGCGUUUUCUCAUCGUGUAAGGUGUAUCGUGUUUCUCUUGCUACCGCAGUUCUUUUCUAAACGAGGCAGACAGGCCUUGAUGGCCUAUGCCUUUAUUCUAACACUUACCGGACCGGCAAAGAAUAUCUUGCAUAAUAUUAGUGUCCUUUCGGAGUCUUUAGCCUGUGGACAGGAACAAUUAAAACAAGUCGUGAAGAAUGUAGUUGAUUUAAUAAAAGAACCCUUCUACGCUUUGAGAGACGCGAUAUCGAAAGUAAUAAAGAUGGUAAAGGUGGUCGUGAAGAAAAUUAAGCGGACUCUCGUGGCUAUCAAACGACUCGUGCUAAGUAUACUUAAAGUGAUCACGUCGGUUUUCCAAUGGCUGGGCAAUGUUGUGAAUAUUUGCAACAAGAAGCUGGGUACGCCGUUCGACAGGUGUCAGAGAGUCUUUGAAGGUGCGGUAGAUGACUGUAAGGCGAAGCUUGGUCCCCUUUUCGGAGAGAUUUGCAAUCUGGCGUACGUCGUCGGUGCUUUGUGCUACGUAGUGAAACCUCUAGACUUCAUCUGCAUGCUCGUAUCUUAUGUCGCCGAUACUAUAGUUAACGCUGUACAGGAAAAGAUCAAAAGAUUCACUCGCCACAUAAAAACGAUGUUCUACGUUAAAGUGAAAUUUUCGCAUUCUUUCCAUUUUGAGACGAACCAAACUAAAACCAUCGAAGACGUAUCAACUGGUAUAAUUACAGAGAUACGAGCGAGGACUGAUAGAUUUUUAGCUGUAUUUGAUUGGAUGAGUUUCGUAACCACUUUUUUUAUUCUCUUCAUGUUGCUAAGGAUUUUGCAUUAUCGGCAUAAAUGGCUGACGCGCGAUCGCUUCGAUAAUCACUACUUGACUGAUGAUCUGCGCACUAUCGAUCUAAUAAGAACACGUCAGGAUAAGGAAACCAUUUUGCCGUUAAACCGCCGCGAAAGAAAUCAAUACAUCCCACUGACGUCCGUCACUCUGAUCAAAGUAGAAAAAAUAAAGCUCGCGAAAUCUGUAGUUUUUUUGGGCUUAACGACGUUUAAAAUCUGCAUUCAUAUGAUGGCGGACUACAGUCUUUAUUGGAUUCUUAGCACUAUUAGAUAUCACGGACGGAUCGAAACAAAGGUCCAACGACCCAAUUUUGUGGGCGUCCAUGUGUCUGGUGACGGCUAUCUCGCCGACCUUUAUCGAAGCAUCGUGAAAGCCUUCACGCCACACGCAAAGGAUAUAGAGAUCGAUACGAUGCCCUGCCUCCCAGAUCCCAUCCCUCCAGAUUUAAAUCGGUAUACGCAGAUUGUGACGUUGAUCGCCUUCUGCUGGAUUAUGGCAAUAUUUGAACCGUACGGAUUACGAUUGCGACAUAUCGUGAUGUGCAAAUAUCACCCGGAAAGAGCAAAGCAAAGAGCUGCUUGGUUGUAUAAUCAUAUAAUUAGAUCGAGAGGAAGCUUUUUGAAAUUUGCACGACGCCAGUUGCGCCGCAAGUUCGGCAUGACUGAGGGCGAGAGAAUCGAGAGAGUCACGUUCAGAGAACGAUGUCUGGCUAUUUGCCCUUUCCUGAACAAAUUGUUCCCUCAAAAGCAGAACGUGUGUCUCCUGUGCGGUUCCGUGGAACGUUCCGAUCGGGAACCGCACAUUAAAUGUGCCACGCCAGGCUGCCCCGGUUUAUUCUGCAUGCAAUGCUUCGCGGACUUGCAGAAUCUCUGCACGAUUUGCCGAUCGCCUAUCGAGUACGGCGAUUUGUCGGAUAUUAGCGAGGAGCGAGAUUCAUCGGAAGAUCAAUUGAUUGCAAGAAAGGAACCUGUGCCAAUAAGUACUUAUGUCGAUGAAAGAGAAGAGCCAAUAGUAGAAGAAAAACCAAAAGAAGAAGUAGAAAUAAAAGAAGAAAUAGAAAAAGAAAUAUUGGAAAAAAGAGUGUCAGAAGAAAUAAUACUGGAAGAAAAAGUACUAGAGGAAAAAAUACCGGAAAAAAGAAUAUCUGAGGAAUGGAAAGAGGAAAGUACAGUUGUUGAAAAGAAGAAUGUAGCAGUCCAAACGGAUGAUGAUACCAGUGGAAAUAGUUCUGAGUCGGUCUAUAGUUAUACUUAUCAAGAAGGAUCACGAGAGAUCGAAGUCGAGCAUCGGAGAAUACCAUUCAAAGACAUCGAAGCGCAGAAAAUAAGAGAAGACGUUACGAUUCAAAUUUUUAACGAGCCAUUGGCGAAGGAAGUUACUUCGAGCAGCGAAGAUCCAACGUCCUGUUUCGUGGUGAGAGCUCGUAGGAGGCUUCGUACCAGGUUGAAAAGGAAAUCCUGCUCUUCCCCGCGCAAGAACGAUUCCAGCUCGUCUACGUCAAUAGCGGACACCGAGUCUUGCGCUACACAAGAGCUAGAUGAAGAAGAGGUAAUUCACAUUGAGAUAGACGACAGCUCAAAGGAAUUACUCUUAAAAGACGGUACUGCCAAAGCAAGAAAACGAAGUAGUCGCGUAGGAAGAAUCCUUGCUGCACUCACAAAAAUUUCUUGGCUCGGCAAAAGAACGACGACCGAUAGCGACGGCGAAUGGCGAAUGAGAAAACCGUCUCUGCUAGAUAGAAUAGCACGGAUGCUUUCUGGAAAUCAAUCUACCUCGCCCGUACAAACGUAUCGACGAAUUCGCACUACGAGAAAAGAUGCGAAGCAUAAGAGCUCCUCCUCCGUUUCCUCGUUUUCCACCGAUGAAGAAAACGAACAGCACGCGCUCUUAAAGGCGCACGAUCGGCAAGUAAAUUGUUUACAAAUCAUUUCAAAUCAUGACGAUUUCGAGGAUAACAUUUACAGCAGAAAUUAUGAUUCGCAUCGUGCACGACGCGGAACGAUCUGUCGCCAACCAGAUUCUCACGUGAAAGCUGACGAUGUAAGACUGAGACAUCCUCACGAGAAGAAAUUUACGAUGAAAAAGUUACCAAGAUACCUUCAGCCAAUUUCGAAGGAUACGGCAUACUUCGAAGUGAACGAAAUUAUAGAUUCGCAAUCGAAACGAGGAUGUGUUCUCCCGACAGAACGCGUUAAUAUUUUACCAAAUACCAGAAUAUUCGACAAUCAAAAAACAGACAAAUCAAACGUCACUAGUGAUGAUUACACUCAAAUUUUUUGCUCGUGCAUGUCGCAAACGUCUUGCGAUAUCAAAGAUAGCAUAAGUCAAUCGGACGUGAAUGUUACAGAACAAACUAAUGAAAUGUCUAAAAUAGACGCAAUGUCGGAAACGGAAUUGUUAACUGAUUGGGAAAGAAUAGAUCAAAAAAAGAAAGCAGAAGAAAGUGUCACUACGGAAGAAACAUCGAUAGAUAGUGAAAUAGAACAACAAAGAGCUAAAGCUCUAAUGGAAAAUAAUCGAAGGAAAUCGUUGGCGAAAAAUAGUAAAACAAUUGCGGAGUUAAAUAAUUUUGCAGAAGAAAUAGGUGUGAGAAAAUACUUUGCCAAAAAGAAACAAACUGAAGCAUUAUCUAAAGAAUUAUCUAGAGAAAAAAAAGCCAGAGAAGAAGUAAUAGCAUCACCUUCGGAAGUAAAUGAAAAAGCUCGAUUGUACGAUCCGUUGGCUAGUUCGGAGUUGUACAGCGUCACGUGCCAAGUAAAAAGACGCGAAAAACCUGCCAUGGAAAAAUUAACGAAGCAAUCGGGAACGGCAGAAAUACGUAUUGACGAUAGAAAGUCGGCGGAAUUUGAAGAAGAUAUUGAAAUAGAACAAAAAAGUGUUCAGGUUUCCGCGCAUGAAACUAAAAAAUCUGUACUCGAAAAAAGUAUUCAAACAGAUCUGCGAAAAUCUGAAAAAUACAAAAGGUGUGAUAAGAUGCACAUCGACACGCAAUUUUCCAAAGCAGCUGACUUGGAAAAGAAAAAGAAAAAAGAAAAAAGAAGACAAUGGACAGAAAAGUGGAUCGAUAAAUUUAAACGUAAACAGAGAGACCCUAAUAAUAGUUCACCACGAAAAAAACAAAAAAACAAAAAAUGUUGCAAUAAGCCAACACUGAUUAAGGAAAAGCUUUAUGAUAGAAGAAAGCAAGAAAUAAUUUACAGCCGCGAUAUGCAAAUUCAUCCCAGUCGCACAGAAUGGUGUCCUGACGAUAUUCGAAGACGGAGAAGAGUUCCUCCAUUAAGAUCAUUAGCUGAAUUAAAAGAAGAUCGUCAAACUCAGUGUAAUCUUCGCGACAAGGAAGAUACUCAAAGCAGGAAAGAUGAUGUCUACGAUCUGAAGUCUGCAAACAAGCCAGAAGUCUGGUCUUGUCAUGUUCAGCCGCAAUUUACAGCAUCUGAACAAAUAGCUUGCUGUCGAGAUUAUCAACGGAAACUUUUGAGUUCAUAUAAUAAUGAUUUAUCAGAAAAGAAAUCACAGCAAAUAAAAAAGAAGUACGAUGUUAAUGUAUGUAAAACCAGAUUAGAAGUACCUAUGUUGAAGAAAUAUCUACCCGCGUAUCAAGCGCCAGGUUUAAUAGAAGAGCUGAAAGAACACGAUAGAAUGAGAUUAAUUCAAGAACGAGAAGCUAGAAGAUGGACGGCUUUGAGCGCUCUUCGAAGUACAAGGGAUUCUCUCUCGAGUACAAAAUCGAAGGAAUGGAUAUAUGGUACUUCUGUAAUGUGCGAUGCUCAUGAAAGCGUUAGCAGAUUAACUUCGGUCUCCACAAGACUGACCGAGGGGAAUACCCUUCCAUAUCAAGAAACGCAAACUUUCAAAGAUGUGGUGCGAGAGUUUCGGAAGAAAGUGAUGAAAGCCGACAAGCCUCCAAUAUCUUUAUCUCAGCGCGCAGACAAAUGUAAAGAUCUGAAACAAUUAUUUCCUCCCAAAAAUGACCAUGUAGGAAUUACGACGUCGAAGUUUGAGAAAGUAAAGUUUAAGGAUCAAUACGUCGGUCUUCGCCGAUCAGCCGAAAGUAGGAAGGAGAGAAAUUCUAGAAACUUUAACGUGGACAAAGAGAAGGGAGAGAAUAUCAUGAAAGAACAAGAGCCGGAAAAUAAGGCAGAAAAUGAUAACAGAAUGCCGGAGGCGAAUUGCGCGUGCACUUUGGAAACGUGCGGAGAGAAAAGGAUCCAGCAAGAGAUUUGCAUGGAUAUAUUGGCGAAAAAGAAGCUACUCGCGCGCGAUGAAGGUAUCAGUCCAACAAGGCUCAGUGAGAUGAUUAACAAAGAAAUAAACGAUUCCCUUAAACGGAUCAAUAAUUCUAUUAAAGAUGCUAUGAAAACUCUCGUGAAAAGUUCAAUGGAAGAGAAACAGUUGAUUUUGCCCUGUUCAAAGGAACCUAAAGGAAUAUCCAAUACAAGUCGAUCCCACGCACUAGAAGAACGUUGCAAGGAAUCACUCAACGUUUGCACCAAUCGACAAACUACAUGCCAUGUUUCACGGCAGCGUGAUAAAUUAUCCACACAUGACAGUUCGUAUCUGUGCAAAAAAAUGCACGAGAACGCAAUACCAUUACCAGUACAAAAUAAAGUUAACGGUGAAAGAAAGGGCAAAAAGCAUUCGAAAUCAGCGAAUAAUGUGAACACCGAUAAUCGCAGAAUGACCGGGAAUGUCAAUAUCUAUAUUUGCUCGGAGACUAAUGACAGUAACCAGGGAAGAAAAAAAUCAAGAUCUCCUUACGUGGAUACAAGCUCUAAUACAAUUACCGAAUUUAAUUCGGGAAGCGCUAGCGCUAGCAGUGCGUCAUCAUGUAAGCUCAUAAAUAGCAUAAAAGAGAAACAGAAGAAAUUGCUAGUGCAGCAGUUGCCUAAUUUUAGUCAUGAGAAAAGUGACGAUAACGUCGUUUGCGAUAACGGAACAUUACAACACAGGAUCAGCAGGAAGGAAUUGAGCGAAUCUAACAGCAAGGAAGAAGCAGUCAAAGUCAAUGACGAGAACAUCCGAUGCAAGGACGCUAUCUCAUCGACCAAAGAUUACUACUGCAAAGAUACGAAUAACAUAGAUCUUGAACAGGACUCGUCGUACUUAACGGUUCCGUGUUCGAGUUUCAGCGCGUGUAACAAUACUAAACAUCCAGAGUCUUGGAUGACCACGUAUCCUUCAGAAUCAAAAGCCAGGCUAGACGAUAAUAAUGUCUUCCUGUCAAGAGCGAUUUGUACCGAUAUGGAACAAAAGAAUUAUCGAAAAAAUAACGAUUGCAAUAAUAAUGUUCACGGAAACGAUAGCGAAUGCACCAUGUGUCAUGCGGUCGAUAGUAGCAGGUGGUUACCGAAAUCGAUCUACACGGAAUGUGUGUUCGGCGAGGAACCUAGAGAGUAUUUCGCAGACGGUUGUAAAUAUCGAAAUAAAAUAUUCCAGGAUUCAUCAAUAAAUCGCAAUGAUAUACGGAAGAAGCAAACAGGAUGUAAACGCUUGCAACAAUCUUUCGAAAGUUGCCAAAGGGAGAUAAUGGCUCGACGAUGGUCCACGUGUAGUUGUAUUGCGGAGGAGGAUGAAGAUUAUUGCAAGAACGUUGACAAGAAAGAGCUUCCUCAAAACGUGUGCAAUGCCGCAGAGAGUCUAGAAAAAAUAUCCAUUUGUCAAACACCUAGAAAAUUAGUCAAAAGUGUAACUGUAUGCGAGACGUCAUCUGGCGAUGGGAAACGUUUUGAAAAAUCACGAACGUGUAAAAAGAAAGAGCAAUAUUUGAAGGACACUAGCGUGUGUGAAACAAGAUUUGGAAAUUCAGUCGAACCUCCGAAAGUAACAAGAGUCUGCCAGGAAUUCGUUACUGAAGAGCAUCCGGAAGAUAUCACAGUUUGCAAGACAGCGUUUGGAGAACCGAAUAGACUCCCGGAAGAAGCAAUAGUUUAUACGACGGAGCAUUCUGACUCCAAAGAUACUCCAAAGGAAACAAUUUGUAAGGAGAUUCUCGAUUCAAACUUUGCCAACCAAGACGACGUUAACAGAGUAUUCCUAAACGAUGUAAAGGAUAAACUUGUGGAAGAAAGUACAACUAGCUCGAACUUAAAUAGUCCGGAAGAGAAUGCUGGCAAUAAAAGGAUGGUAAAACCAAAUAAUAAGCAUAAUGUUGCCCUCAAUAGUUUUACGGGACAACAAUCUACUAAUGUAGAGCAAGAUAAACGAAUAAACAAAAUGAUGAAUGAUGGAUCGAAAUAUGUACCUCGUACUCCCAUUGAAUCAAUUAAAGACUCUAAACCAUUGUCAAAAAAUGUUUAUUCUACAUUACCACGCGCGCAGUUUUAUAAUCGCUCGAAUCUUGUAUCUAAUUCCAGUGUAAAGAAAACAUCGAAAUCUCAUAUUAAUCAGCGAAGAAUGCAAUCGCUUAAUCGAUCAAUGAGGAAUCACUUUCAACAAUCGAAUAAUCCUACGCAAAAUUUGAUAUCAAAUAAAAAUAAUCAACAGAAAGAAAAAACAUUAGAAAACUCGCAAGAAAAAGAAGAGAGGCAAGAUAUUUCAAAAGAAAUGAAAACGGUUGAGGACAAACAGAGAGAGUCACGUUUACGUUUAUUAAAAAAAUUGAUCGAUGUAAUUAAACGUGGUAAGACAUUUAUUACAGACAGAAUAGAAACAGGAAAAAUUGAAGCAAAGGAAACAAUUGCUAAUGGUGAAAGAGAUGUUGAACAAUCAGAAAUUGCUUCAGAAAUUGAGAAUAAACUCAAUGGUAUAAAAAACCAGCAAAAGAUUAUUAAAAAAGUGACUAUAUCAAUGAAACCACUACAAACAGAGAUUACAGAUAAAGGUAUAUUAUAA